UUGUGGCUCAUCGUGCCGAGGGGGUGUAACAAGGAAAGAUGCACAACAGUACAAUUAUAUAUCGCUAUAUAUCAAUAAUAUUAUUGGUGUUAUAAAUUUCCAACUCAUACUUUUUUAUUUUUAGUCUGUCUACAUAAUUAAUGUUCUUCAAGACAAUUUUAUGAUCAGGAGGACAUCUUUUUUUCAAAAAUCAUAAUAAGCCCUCUCUUUUUUUUUAGUUAGGUAUGAAGCAGCCUUCAUUUUAAACAUUUAACUUGUUAAUUAUUCCUUGUUACGACGUAAUAUUGUCUUUGAAGUGAGUAAAUCUAAUUUCCUCCAACUGCGUCACUCUUAGAUACCUUCUUCCGUGUUAUAGUUUUCCAUAAUUUGCUGUGCUGUUACUGUGGUAAUUUAUUAAUUCCGAAGUCGUAACUGCAGAAGCUGCAUGGUGCCUGCCCAUAAAUGCAUCUUUCUUUGGCGAAACAAGGUCAAAAUGACGGCACACUCCAUUAAAAAUUUUCCAUUUAAAAUUAUUAUUUAUACAUCUCUUUUCCGAUGCUGUUGUCGAUUACGUCCUUUUUUAGUGUUGUUUAGGUUGGAGUAUUCCAGGUGAUAAAAAUGCUGCUUUCAAAGAUGAGGGCUUUAAAUCCUCGGAGCAGUCUUCCUUGAAAUGGUCUGGAAUUAAGUUGCGGAGGAGUAUAACCAGUGUAGUUGGUACAGCAUCGCUGAAUAAACCAAUAGCAGGCACCCAUCGAGUACUGCAGACAAUACACUGCUUUCUAUGGUGUUCACUUCCUAUCUACGUGGGCCAUUGGUGUACGGACGUCGUACGUCAUUUUCUGGUAUUUUCAAAAAUAUAUCGUCCUGAUGAUGGAGGCAGCAAGCACGCUUGACAUUUAGGUGCUGCCCUCGGUGGCUCUGAAGUGCAAAUGACGUCGUCAUCGAAAAGCAACAUUCAGUACUUCUGAUUUUAAUCACUCGUACAACAAUGCAAAACCGAGUUGUUGCAACAUGUGUCCUCCUUCUGGCCGUGCUACUGUUGGCUGAAUUUGCUACAGCAGCCUUCAGGAAGCCUCCGUUCAAUGGCAGUAUCUUUGGUAAACGGGGAAGUCCUACAGAUUACGACGGUGCUAGCAAAGCAUUGUCCGCCAUGUGCGAAAUUGCGUCUGAAGCUUGUUCCGCGUGGUUUCCGCAAAUGGACAACUAACGGCGCCACAUACUUCCGCCGACCACCCUGCCACCUGCUGAAACUCGAGAUGUCGGAGGCCUCAGGCUGCCACAGCCCCGUUAUCAUCUUGAAUUCAGCAAGCAGAAUGAAAAUGGCAAUGUUCAGCUGUUUCCAGUAGUUCCUACAGAUUCCAUUUCUGGUCCAACAGACGUGUUCAGAAAUGUCACCACGGAUGGAUCGUUCGUGGACCUCAAUUACCCAACCCCACAGUAAAACAUAGCACAAGGAUUCCAGUAUAUGUUGAAUUCGUUUUAAUACUGUGAACAUAAUCUGUAUUACUACGCUACUGUUUUGCAUUUGUUUGGCUGGCAUGUGCUCACACGAGCUGUUACAUUCAAUUUCCUGCGUUUGUAGUUCCUACUCUUUACAAUUUGUUAGCAUUUUCAUUGUUACAAAAUUUGGUAUUGCUUUGUAAUUUCAGAACAGAAUUUAGUACAAUACAAAAACAUUGUGAUUUCGUAAUGUAUCUUUGGCUCACCAGACUGACAUACCAAUUAAAAAAAUCAACGCAAUUUAAGAAAAUAUCACUUUCUGAACACGUCCAAGUGUGUAGCAAACAAUAAUGUAUCAAUUAAUGUAUCAGUGGACUAAAUCCAUGUGAUAAAGAAUAUAUUGUAUACAUUUUACCUACCUGGUAGAUAAUUACACUUAGACCAGUCCAUCUUCAAGACGAUUUCAAUAAAUCCUUAAUGACGUACAGAGUCACAAUAAACUGCUCUGGGCGCCCUCUGAAUUUGUCAGAUUUAGUCAUAAAUUGGUCGAUUUAUUUUGAUCUACAUUUUCCUAAUUAUAAUGAGGAUAGCUUAGACAUUAUCACAAGGAUGACAAAUAAGGGGAACGAAUAUGAGAUGAGAAUCAUUUUAUUCUGGUCUGCGUGUAAUUAUUUCCAAACAACGUAGUGUAGAACAUUUAUAAAAAUCGAUGAAAAACAAUAAACAAAAUCAUAUAGCAAAGUUUUGGACACAAUACAGAGGUAUAAUCAAGAAAAAUAUGAUUACUCUAAACAGAAUUGUCAUCAAUCUGUUUCAAUAAUAUUAUGCAGUAUUGAUACAGAAAGAUUCAUUCACUAAAUAGUUCUAAGCCUGAAACAAUAAAGCUUCAACUUAUCAAGGAUUAA